AUGAAGAUCACCAUAGAAACGUACAAAGAUGAGAGUCAGAUAGAUUAUAUAAUGGACUUGAUGAAACGGACGUUGUCCGAGCCGUACUCCAUCUACACGUAUCGGUACUUUCUUCGCAACUGGCCUAAUCUUUGCUUUUUGGCUAAAGACGAAGACACAAAAAAGUACGUCGCUUGUUGCAUUGGAAAGCAAAGCCCUCAAAAUGGGAUCGAGCAGGGAUACCUCGCCAUGUUGAGUGUCGAGAAUGAGUAUAGACGAAAAGGCAUUGCUUCACAACUCUCCAUGAAACUCUUCCAAACAAUGAUAAACAACAAGUGCGACAAAAUUGUUCUUGAGACGGAAGCUGAAAACACAAGCUCGUUGGCACUGUAUGUCAAACUCGGCUUUGUCAAGGAACAACUCCUUUUGAAAUACUACAUGAACGGAAGCGACGCGUAUCAACUUACUUUGGCCAUUAACGAAAGAGGUAUAAGCAAACAACUCUCUACUGUCGUCGAUGAGGAUAAUUAA